AUGGCUUCAGAAGAAGCCUACCAGGAACAUACAUGCGAAGGAAAUGCUAUAAUAUGUCCGAAAUGCCGCUUGGGCUUUGGUAGUUGGUAUAGUUUCAAGCAGCAUGAAAAACACAUGCAUUCAUGGAGUGUCCGGGACCGUAUUGAACCUCGUGUUUCCCCUACGCAAUCACCUUCGAAAGUGAUUCAAGCCGGCAAAGGCAAUCUGUCAGGUCAUAACAACUCUUCACCAUACUUUUCUUCUAGUGGCCAUGGUAACCCGACUCAAUCUUCGGCCUGGGAUACGAGUGUACACAACUUAACACAACCAGUAGUGGGGGAUCUUCUUGACCUGGAUGACGAUGAGAUGUACGAGGCGCAGGUUGACAACACAGCGGGUGGAGUCAAUAGCACAUCCGAGGAGGGCCCGCAGCCCAUCGCUAGAAACCGCAACUGUAGCUACGCAGUACUGGACAUGAAAUCAGGCCGAGCUGUCCCUGAAAAGGCCGAGCUUGAGAAAGGCAGUACUUCAGGGUCAAUAUCAGCUAGUACUCUGGACCAGCAGUCCCUGAUAGACCGCUUCCAUAUCACUACUGUCCAGACACCCCGGAGAGUCUCAGCGGUACGCCAUAGGAUUAUCUGUUUUCAAUGCGAGGCGGGCUUCAGUACCAUAAUAGGACUCCAACAUCAUCAGAUGACCGAGAAUCACAACUAUUGCGGCCUGUGCCAUGCUUACUUUGCGGAUGGGACGUUCCUGGACAAGCAUAUGGAAGUGGCGCACAAUUUUAAAUGUCCUACUUGUGCUUCGGUAUUUGCAAGCAUAGGAGAUGUAUGGGCUCACCAGCAAACGACGGAGCACAGUUUUUGUAGCGUAUGCCGUUGCUACUUCCAAGAUGAGAGCGCCCAAAGCAAACACAACCUUAUGUACCAUAUGCGUAUGCCAUGUCCGACUUGCCAGCAGGUGUUUCAAACACAGAAAGAGUUAGAAGAGCACCAACGGGCAAGUCAACAUAGCUACUGUGGUCAAUGUGACGAGAUUAUGGGUAGCCAGUCCAGUUUCGAAACGCAUGUGACAACAUCACAUACUUACAAAUGCACAGCCGCGAAAUGCCUCUUCGCAGCAGCAAAGUUGGAUGUCCUGAAAGAUCACCAAAAGCGGGAGAAACAUAACUUCUGCUUGCCAUGCAAUCGUUCUUUUACAGAUGCUCUUGCCCUUACCAAUCACUCCAAGACCGAAAAACAUCUGAGAAAAGAACGUAUCGAACAGAGCGAGAAUAGCCAGGCAUCCGGGUGA